AUGGCACCCCUCGUCCCGCGAUUCCACCUCUUCGAAAUCGACGACCAGACUUGGUUCCCGUCCUUCCUUCGCGCUCAUGUCCAAGAAGGGCUCCAUGCCGCUUGGGUUAACAGAGUCCCCGUCCUUCAGCCGAACUCCCCGGCCCGUGUCGCCGCCCAGAUCCUCCAGCGCAUCCUUGGUCCUCGGCUGCCCUCCUACACCUUCAUUGACUUCUGCGCCGGCUCCGGCGGGCCCACACCGGCCAUCGAGCGCUACGUCAACCGCUACCUCGCGGCCCAGGAGCAGCCCAGUGUCGAUUUCGUUCUGACCGACCUGCACCCCAACACCGAUGCUUGGGCCCGCGCCGCGGCGAAGAGCGAUCACAUCGGCUAUGAACCCAAUAGCGUCGACGCCGCCGCCGCGCCUCGCGAGCUCAUUGACGGGUAUACGACAAAGGGUAAGAAGGUCUUUCGCCUCUUCAAUCUGGCCUUCCACCACUUUGACGACCCGCUGGCCAAGGCGAUUUUGAAAAACACAAUCGAGACCUCGGACGGCUUCGCCAUAUUCGAGCUGCAAGGACGCGAUCUUUACUCCUUUCUCAUGCCCGCCAUCCUCGGCAUAGGUUGUUUCCUCCUGGCCCCGCUGCAUGCGUGGAGAUUACGUUCGCUUUCCGCCUUGGUUUUCACCUACCUCAUACCCAUCCUGCCAUUUGUGCUAGUGUUUGACGGGUACGUCUCAGCCUUGAGGACGAGGACGCCCGACGAGGUUGAGGCACUGAUGCAGUCGUGCGGGGUUCGCACGGAUGGCUGGGAGUUCAAAAGCGGCAGCGAAGCACAUAUGCCACCUUUUGGGUAUGUGAACUGGAUAGUGGCCGAAAAAGUCUCGUCCAGAGACUGGUGA